AUAUACAUCUAAUGCUUUAUUGAAUGAAUCCAUUGUUAAUGGGAACAUAUCAAACUAAUUUAAAUAUUACAAAUAAAGAAUUAUUAUCAUCCCAAUCCACAUCAUCAUCAUCAUCAUCAUUAUCGUCUUUAACAUUGCCAGUAUCUUCAUCACUCACAUAUCGAUUAAUUGAACAAACUAAUAAUAAUAAUAAUGAUUAUGAUUAUUGUAAUGAGGAUAACAAAUUAAUACAUCAUGCUCAAUUGAAUUCAUUCAAUAAAAUAAGGCCAUUAACAACAACAACAACAACGACACCAGCAAUAACAAAUACUGAUGUUACGAAAAGUCUUCCAUUUACCAAUAUACUUUCAGAUCAAUCAAAUAUGAUAAAUAAUAAUAUUAAUAUUAAUGAUCAAUUUGAUAAUACAAAUGAAUUAAAUCCAUUAUCUUUAUUAGAAAGUGCAUGUUCAUUAGCCUGUGACUAUUCACCUUUAUUUGCAUUAACAAAUUCAUUGCAUAAUUUUAAAUCAGACAAUAUUAUUACAACGAAUUCGAAUUCUUCAAUAAUAACUACAACAAUGACUAUCACUCCCAAUCAUCAUCAUCAUAAUAAUAACACAACCCAUAUUCAUUAUCCAACUAAAGAGUUACAAAUAUUACAUAAAAGUAAUAAACGUACUACAGGAUUACGGAAUCGUUAUAAAUCUACUAUAAAAAAUCAAGGAAUAUUUACAAAUCCUACAAAAACUAUAGUUGAUCUACCAUCUUGUGACAACAAUCGGGAUCAACAACCAAUAACAUGGUCAAAUGAUCUUAAUAAUAAUAAUAAUAAUCAUGAUGAGAAACUACUAAAACCACAUGAAUUGUCAUUAUUAAUAAAUCAUUCAGAUCUAAUAACUACAACGUCAUUAUCACAAAAUCUUUUAAAAUCAAAUAUUAUGAAUAACAGUAAUACAUUAAAUCAUACUACUGAUAUAACUUAUAGUCAUAAUAUGACUAUGGAGAAUUUGACUCAUUCUAAUAUGAUCACUGAUAAUAUACAUUGGUUACCUAAUAGUAUAGGUCGAAGAGAUUACAAUCCAUUAUGUAAUAAUGAUCAAUUAACAAAUUACUGUAGGUUUUCACCAUCUUCAAAUUCAAGUAAUUAUACUUUACAAAAUACCGAUAUUAUGCCUUUAUAUAUUGAAUCAAGAAAUUGUGAAAAUACUGUUGAACAUUCACAAUAUGAUACUGAAUUAUUAAUGAAAUGGAAAAAUGAUGAAAUAACUAAACAUGAAACUAAUUGUAAUCCUUAUAGUAACAAUAAUGAAUAUUUUGAUGUUGACAAUCGGCAUCAAGUAAGUACCACUCAAGAUUAUCUAGAGACCAAUGAAAAUAUCUUAUCAACCAGAGUCUAUAAUCAAGAAUUGGUCCCACAUAAACAAAAUGAUUCACAUAGUAACUUACUUCAUUGUAAUUCUAUUGAUGAAACCUGUGAAAAUAAGACGAAACAGUCUAUAAUAAAUUUACAAGAAAAUAAUUUCUCAGAGAUGAUAAUAAAACAACAUGGGAAUUAUUAUGAGAAAAUAAAAAUGCAUAGUAUACAACAAAGGAAUAUAGAAGAAGAUAUUGAUCAGAGGAGUGAUGCUUUUUAUCAUUCAAUGAAUUUAUCUUAUAUUAAUAAUUCUGAUUCAUUUCCUAAUUCAACGACAGAUCUAAAUAGAAUUAAAACAUAUGUGAAACCCCCCGAAAAAUUACUGCAUUAUUCGACGUCCAAUGAUAAUAGUUUAUCUGAGUUUGCAAUCCGUUCAAAUCCAAACUUAUUUACAAUGAAUAGUAUAAAUAAUGUAGGUCAGAUACUAGAUACAAAUAAUAUUUCUAACUCAAGUGUAGAUGCUGAUCAGAUAAAAAUAAUUCCAGAUGAAUUCUCAAACAAUUUUAAUACAUUUUCUAGGGGAUCAUCAAUUACAACAUCAUUGCCUAGUUUAUCACAAACUACACCAUUAACAGAUUCAUUGAUACACAAGAGUGGGAUUAAUUUCAACAAUGAAACUUCUAAUAGUCAUAUGAAUAAGACAGAUUAUUUCGAUUCCUCUGUUAAUGAAUCUUAUUUACCGACAUAUAUGAAUCCUAUUCAACAAUCUGUAUACUGGCAACAACAAGAACGUCAUCAUCAAAACGAACAUGAAUCAGAUCAAUAUAAUCAACAAAUUAAUCUAUUGACUUCGACCAAUUCCAUAAGUAAUAUUUCUCAUUCAGAUUCAAUCAAGGAAUCCUUACUUCAUAAACAUGAAUUAAAAUCUUCUAAUAUGAUGUUUAUGAAUCAUGUUAGUGAAUUAAUGAAUGUAUAUAAUAGUAAUAGUAAUAAUAAUAAUGGUAUACAACCCGCUUCAAUGGAUAUAGUAACGAGUAGUAUUGGAUUUGAUAAUAAUAAUAAUAAUAUGAAUACAAUUGUAAAUGAAAAAUCAAAUCUACAUCCAUAUGAUGAGCACCAUUUGAACACACUUUUACACAUCAAUCCAAAUGUAAUUGAAUCUUCAUCAUGUUUGUUUGAUUCAUUAGUAUAUAAUCAAAACUCAGCAGAUUUUACAAAUAAUAAUAAUUCUGAUAAUAAUAAUAAUAAUGUUGUUUGUCAUAUCAGUUCCAUAUCAGAAUCAACUCCUAGAUUAAAUGAUCAUAUAUCAGUUGAUUCUUCAAUAUCAACCAUACCAAUUUCAUCAUCCUCUUCGUCUUCUUCUUCUUCUUCUUCUUUAUCAUCAUCAAGUAUAUUCAGUGGAAUGUUACAACAAUUAACAUUACCAUCAAAUUCAUCUUUAUCAUCAAUUUCUUCUCUUACACAUACAACAUCGACAAUAAAUGCAUCCAUUCAUUCAUCAUGUAAAUUACUUCCAUCCAUAGGAAAAUAUCAACCAAAUAUAACAUCAGAUGAAUUUAUUAAUAUGACAGAAUCAUGUUCACCAUCUUCAACAUGUAUUUUAUCAAAAGUUCAUGGAUUCAAUGAAUCGUUAACAACUAUGAAUGGAAUGGAUUAUUUUCAAAAUAAUAGAACUGAUGAAACAAUGCAUACAACUAACCUUGGAAAUAAUAAUCAUAAUAACAAUACAAUUACAAAUGAUAAUAAUAAUAAUAAUAGUAACCAUAACAAUAAUAGUAAUACAAUAAUUCCUGGAACUGGUGAUUAUCCAUCAGCUGAUGAUUUAGAAAUAUUUGCUAAAAUGUUUAAACAACGUAGAAUUAAAUUAGGUUAUACACAAGCUGAUGUUGGUUUAGCAUUAGGUACAUUAUAUGGUAAUGUAUUUAGUCAAACAACUAUAUGUCGUUUUGAAGCAUUACAAUUAUCAUUUAAAAAUAUGUGUAAAUUAAAACCAUUAUUACAAAAAUGGUUACAUGAAGCUGAUUGUUCAACUGGUACUACAAAUAAUCUUGAUAAAAUUACAACACAAGGACGUAAACGUAAAAAGCGUACAAGUAUUGAAAUUGGUGUAAAAGGUAUAUUAGAAAAUCAUUUUAUUAAACAACCAAAACCAUUAGCACAAGAUAUUAUACAAUUAGCUGAUGUAUUAGGUUUAGAAAAAGAAGUUGUACGUGUUUGGUUUUGUAAUAGACGACAAAAACAAAAACGUUUAAAUCCUUUAUUACUUGGUUCAGCAUUUGAUUCAAAUGAAGACAGUACUUGUAGAAGUGAAAAUAAUGAUGAUAGUUAUGAAGAUGACGAUGAUGAUGAUGAUGAUGAUGAUGAUGAGGAGGAGGAGGAGGAUGAAGAUGACGAAGAAGACGAUGAAGGAGAUGACAACAACAAACAUAAGAUAUGUAAUGGUAACAGCAAUAAUGAUGAGAAACAUCUUGAUAUUAUUAUGAAAGAAAAACAAACUACUGCUGAUCAUGUUGAAGAUAAAAAAUAUUUACAAAAUGAAAUGAAUAAUGAUAUAAACUAUAGAAAAUCAGAGAAGAUUCUAGAAAAUGAACAUAGUUUAUUUAAAAAUGAAAACAAUUCUGAUAUAUGUAGUAAUCAACCAUUUCGAAAUAAUUCAAUAAAACGUACUAAACGUCGUUUGAAUCAAUCUCUUACUCCUAUAAAUUUCAAUUGUAAAUAUACUAAUGAUCAAUCAUUAAAUAAUUCCCUUCAUAAUUUAUACGAAAUGACCCCCUAUUCAUCAUCAUCAUCACCACCACCAACAACAACAACAACAACACCAGGAGUAAUACCGUCAUCGUUACUACCUUCAUUACAUUCUACAUUUCAUGUAAGUAAUUCCAAUCAAUUAUUCCCUUCUAACUAUCCUAAUUAUUGUAAUAAUAAUAAUAAUAGUAAUAAUGGUAUUCAUCAUAAUUCAUUGUUACAUAAUAUAUCGUUUCAUGAUACAUCACAACAUUUAUUACGUACAGAUUAUAUUUUACAAAAAUAUCCAUAUGUAAUUACAGAUAAUGAAAAUAUAAAUGAAAAUAAAUUAAUUAAUGAAUCAUUUAAUUUACCAUUAAGAUUAUUGAAUACACAUUCUAAUACUACUAAUAAUCAUACUACUAAUAAUUUAUUAUAUGAUUCAUGUGGAUCACUUAUUGAAAAUCAUUCAAUCAAUAAUUCAAUGGUAGAUUAUUUAACGACAGAACAAUCAAUAACUAAUAAUAAUAAUAAUAAUUCAUUUUUAUUAUCUAAUUUGAAUUUUAAUCCAAAUCAUGUUAGUGUAAACUCAUCCAUUGGUAUCCCAUCUCCAUUCCACAAUAAUAGUAAUAUAUCAGAUUUAGUAAAUUACAAUCAACGAUUAGAGGAGACGUCAACAACAACAUCAUUGAAUAAUCAUGAUUUAACUGAAAUAUCCACUUAUCAAGAUGAGAAUAUGAUUAGAAAUAAUUUAUUAAAUGAUUUAAAUAUAAUUUCAAGUUGUAUAGAAGAUCAAAUGAUGAAUACAAGUAAUAUGAAUAUAAAUUUAAAUGGAUAUAGUACUGAACAAUUAACAACAAUGACAGUAACAACAACAUCGACAACAACAACAACAAUGCCAUCAAUGGUAGAAACAAUGAAUACAUCAUUAAUUCCUAAUAUUUUUAUGCAUUCAAGAAAUAUGAACUCGAUCACAGAAUGUAAUAAUAAUAAUAAUAAUAUGAAUGAUCAAUUAUUUAUUUAUCCACAAUCACAGUAGUAAAAUGAGAAAACAAUAAAAGAACAUAUAUACACACACAUACAUGCAGUUUUUCUCAUAGAUUGAGAUAUAACACAAAUUAGAUCCUAUGAAAUAAUACACUUAAAAGGAGAUUUACACAAUUAAAUGAUUUGCUCAUUUUUAAUCAGGUGAGUUGGGAUGGUGACUAUGAAGGAAAAAAAUGUUGCUUUCUAUUGUUUCGUAUAUUCGUUUUUUUUCUUGAAUCAUCGGAAAAAACAAACAAACAACCGUGUACACAUAUAAUCUGUCGAAUACACAAUGUCUUUCUGAAGGGAAACUAUUUUCUAAGAUUUGUUUAUAUAUUUAU